AUGGCGGCGAUGAAGGUGCUGACCGGUACCGGCCUGUUGCUGGCUCUCUGUGCUCUCGGCCUGCUUGCCAUGGCUAUCUGCACCGAUUACUGGUACGAGACCGAUGCCCGGCGGCACCGGGACCGCUGCAAGAACUACGCGAACAAGAGGAAUGAUCCCGGCUUCAUCUAUAUCCCAAGCCAGAACCUACCCCUCCGCCAGGCUCCCCGGCAGCUGCUGGCCAGGGCCCGCAGCUACUUCCUCGCUUCAGCCCCGCUCGACUCUCACUGCAGCCGCCAGUUCAACUCCACCAUCCUGGGCCUCUGGAGAAAGUGUCAUCGCCAGGGCUUCGACCAGGACACCGAGGAGCUCAUCUUCAAAGGUGUUGUACAACGAUGUAUCCCUGUGAAGUAUCACUACUCCUCCUCAACAGUCCCACGAAACCUUCCGGUCAAUUUAACCAUGACCAUUCGGCAGGACGAAUGGCAUGCUUUACAUCUGCGACGGAUGACAGCAGGGUUUAUUGGAAUGGCAGUUUCUAUCAUUCUGUUUGGCUGGAUCAUUGGGAUUCUAGGCUGCUGUAAGGAUCAUGAUCUGAUGCAGUAUGUGGCUGGCCUGCUCUUUCUCAUGGGAGGAACCUGCUGCAUUAUCUCCCUCUGUACUUGUGUAGCCGGAAUUAAUUUUGAACUUUCCCGUUUUCCUCGGCACAUGUACGGACUGCCCGAGGAUAUCAGCCACGGCUACGGCUGGUCCAUGUUCUGUGCAUGGGGAGGACUAGGACUCACACUGUUAGCAGGCUUCCUCUGUACUCUGGCCCCCUCCCUCAGCAACCCUCACACAGUCGUACACAAACCACGGGCAGAGAAUGGGACAAUGUGACAGACGUCGCUGCCAUACUGUUUAACAUUCGUGGGUUCAACGAGAUGUUCAGAGGUCUGAGGGAGCAAGUCAGCCAAACGAUGAAAUGGCAGAGUCACCAGGAGCUGCAUUACG